UACCCAGCAGUCCCGGGGCAGAGUCGUCACCAGCGUCCUUUGGAGCGGAAGAAACAUGGCGUCCGCUACUCGCACCAUCCAGAAGCUGCGGAACUGGGCGUCUGGGCAAGACCUUCAGGCGAAGCUGCAGUUGCGCUACCAGGAGAUCGCCAAGCGGACCCAGCCACCUCCUAAGCUCCCUGUGGGCCCCAGUCACAAGCUGUCUAACAAUUACUACUGCACUCGUGAUGGCCGGCGGGAAGUUGUGCCUCCAUCAGUCAUCAUGUCUUCACAGAAGGCUCUGGUUUCGGGCAAGACAGUUGAGAGGUCUUUGCAUCACGUGCGUGUCUGGCAACUGCAGAGGCCAAAAGAGGGGAUCUGGUCCCCUGGAACUGGAAUGGAAUUACAGUCAGUUGUAAGCUGCCAUCUCAGCUGUGGCAGCCACUGAGAAGAAGGCAGUGACGCCCGCUCCUCCAAUGAAGAGGUGGGAGCUGUCCAAGGACCAGCCAUACCUAUGACACUGCCCAAGGCUACUUUGUCUGGUCCCCCAGAGUCAUCCGACUGCUUUUCCUCCUUGGAUUUCCUCUGGAAAGAGUGUGACCUAAUUUAUAACAAAUACAGAGCUCACAUUAUUUCCA